CUUAAGUGUGAGGCUCUCCGGGCUGCCAAGGACAUGCUACCACAGGCUUGCUCAUAUCUUGAUGUGCUGGUCAAUGAAGGACACUGUGUCGUGAUCCUGUCUCUAUUGCACAUUGCGUUUGAGUGGUUGGAACUCUUGGAAGCAACUAACUUGCAUGAAAGCGUACGACAGCCCGCUCGCGCUAGCAGGCCUCCGCGAGGCCUGAAAGGAAGCUUUUCGACUACUACUUCUACUACCGCGCUGAUGUAUAGUGAAUAUGUUUAGAUUAUUCGCGCUGUGCGCACUCCUCGUUGCGCUGCACAGCUGCUGUGCUCUCAAAACGGGACCGGAGGACACCAGGAGUAAACUCUCCGCCGAGUUCGAGCCCGAUAGCGUUGCGGUGGACACCCUGAAGAAUACCACCUUCAUAGUACCAGUUCUCUGGCAUGGUCCCAAUAACCAGGCGACAUCAAUUAAGGAGGCUAUUGCACUGGCGUCGCUUCUACCCGGCGCGACCGUGGUGCUACCUGACUUGGCGGAGCAUAAGUUCUCCGACAGUGCCGCGCACCGCAUGCUGCUCGAUGAGCUGUUUGACCUCGACGCCAUUAGUAAGGCAGGCGUCAGCUUCGUGCAGCUUCACCAGCUGCGUAAGCAGUGGGACGGCCAGCUGGAUGUGCUGCUGUAUUUCCGAGAGGAGAAGUUCCCGGCGGUGCGGCGGCUGGUGAGCCGGCACAUGGGGCUGCAGCCGCCGGAGCAGGAGCACUGGCUGCGCUCGCCCAUCAGCAUGCAGAAGGGCUGCAGCUCUACCCAGGUGGCGGAGCUGCGGUCCAUGCUUCGGCCGUACCGCUUCGUGGCCAUGUUGAGCUAUGACGACUUCGCGCUGCAGACACACAAGCUGGCGGGGACGCUGCUGUCCGACUGCGGCGCCGACAUGUGCUGCGAGGCCUACAAGCAGAAGGGCCCACUGCUGCGCAAAUCGGAUCGCAUCCAGGAGCUAGCUCAGGACUUCAUUUCCACUUCUAUAGGGAAAGGGAAGCCCUAUAUUGCAGGGCACAUCCGGCCCAUGCCCGACGCGUGCGUUGACUUGUGGAAGACGGCCCAAGAUAUUCUGGAUCCAAAGGAGAUGUACGACAUCUGCCGUACCGACUUCAUGUACAACAGGUUCGUGCCCAACCUGCAAGCACUCCAAAAGGUGUACAACACCAGCACCGUGUUCAUCAUGACGCACCCGCUCAUCCGGCCGCGCGUGUUCCGCAUGCUCAAGGCUGGCGGCAUAGACCCGGUGUUUAUGGACAUGGAGCACUUCGCUGCGGCGCUGCGGCGGCCCGGCGCGGCACCGCUGGCCACGCCGCUGUCCUUCUCGCUGCUAGCCAUGGCGGAAGAGGCGGUGUCGGCGGCCGCGGUGGCAUUCCUGGGCACCGCGGAGAGCAGCAUGACGGGCAUGAUCGUGCAGGAGCGGCUGGCUCACGGCGGCGCGCCGCAGCACACCUACUACAUGGCGGAGGAGCCCGCCUGCGCCGACCUGCCCUGCCCGCUGCCGCGGUACUACCAGGCGCCCUAUGAGCAGCGCCGACAGCAGGUGGCGGCGCACGUGCGCAACCAGUCGCUGGCGGCGGCGGCAGCGGCUGCCGCUGCGUCAGCUGCAAUGCCAGCUGGCGCAUCGCCGGCGGGGGCCCUAGGGGCAGUGGAGAAGGCAUCCGGGCCGCCGGCGGCGACGGCGGCAUCUGGGUCGCUGCACGACCGGGGCGAUGAGCUGGACCUGCGUUCGCAGUUCACGCCGGACGAUGAGGCGGCGAGGCGACGCGCGCGGGCGGCGGCCAGGGCGCGGCAGCGAAAGCUGGUCAGCGGCAGCGCAUUGAGAGCGGCGGGCGCGGGGAGAGCCGCGGCGCGCGCGCCGUCUCGGCAGAGGCGGAGACGGUGAGAUGUCGGUGUUGCGUGUGUGGUCGCAACUGGGCGUUGCAGUCGGGGCGUGUGGAUAGGAUGGAGUAAGGCAUGGACUGAAGGGUCGUGGACUCGUGGUGAGGGUAAGAGGACUGCAAUUGAUGGGAACGCAUGACUGUACACGAGUACAACAGUACUCCUGAUUGGCAACACCUGCUCUUAUUCAUGGGACUUACACGGUCGCAUUCUGUUUUAGUACCGGGAUUAACUUGCUUCAUCUUUGUGAGUACAUCGGCACUCUACUGUGAUACCGUAUCUGCUGGCAUUGGAGAGGCCGACCGAACUUGUGGUGCCAGGCUCGCGGGCGGCAUCCCCGCAUGCCCUUGUGGGCUUCAUUGAGGUUGAGAGUAGAUGCGGGUGCGCGCGGCACUAGUACGAGACCAUGCUAGUAGUCAUCUGGAUCAGAACCUGUCAAUGGCAUGGCCUACCAAGUGGCAUAGCAGGAGAGAAAGGUGGACAGACAGGGCGCGGAGAUGAAGUGGUUCGUGGCUGUCAGAUUGGUGAUACUAGUCACGGCCAGUUAACCAGGUCAAACUGUACUGUAAUACAAAAUGUAG